GCUUAUAACUUAAUCUAUCAGCCAAAAAUAAAUCGCUUUUUGUGUGAAUUUGAGCCGGUUGCUGUUGCUAACGCCGUUAGCUGCUGCUUCAGAGGAGCGAUGACAGGCAGGAGGCAAGAGCGAGUUCAAUGGACAUUAUCACUGCGGUUUUGUUUAUUUUUACUCAUUUUGUGGCCGUGGAUGGUAGAAUCGGCUGAGUUUGAUCCGUAUAAGAUACUAGGAGUGAGUAGAAGAGCGAGUCAACCUGAAAUCAAGAAGGCUUACAAGACCCUCGCCAAGGAAUGGCAUCCAGACAAGAAUAAGGACCCAUCAGCUGAAGACAUGUUUAUCAAGGUUUCUAAGUCUUAUGAGAUCCUGUCCAAUGAGGAGCGCAGAGCAAACUUUGACCGUUACGGGCAGAUGGACGAGAACCAGCCGUUCGGUCAGUCUCAGCACCACGGCUUCAGGAGCUUCCACCACAGCUUCUAUUUCGAUGAGUCAUUCUUCCAGUUCCCACGGUCUCGUGAGUUUGCCGACAGUAAAUACCUCCUCCAUCACACCCAGUUCAACAGUGAGGUUCUUCCAGACAGUUUUAAGAGGCCCUACCUCAUCAAAGUGAUCUCAGAGUGGUGCUUUGCCUGUGUGCACAUCCAACCAGUGUGGAAGGAGACCGUGGAGGAGCUGGAGCCUCUGGGUGUGGGCUUUGGCAUUAUAGACCUGGGAUAUGAGCGGAGAUUGUCGACUCAGCUCGGAGCCCACCGCGCCCCCUCCAUCAUCGGCCUCAUCAACGGCCGAGUGUCGUUCUUCCAUCAGGCUGUGGUCAAAGAACACCUCAGACAGUUCAUCGAGGACCUGCUCCCAAACAAACUUGUGCACAAGAUCUCUGACAGUAACUACGAGUGGUUCCUGGACGCCUGGCAGGACGAGAACAAACCCAGUGUCCUGCUGUUUGACCAGGUCCCUGUGGUCCCCCUGCUUUAUAAGCUGACGGCGUUUUCCUUCAGAGACCAUGUGCGUUUUGGAUACGUGGAUCAGGGCGGGACCCACAACACUCGUCUGCUGCGUCAGUUUAAUAUCAACACGUACGCUCCGACCAUGCUGCUGUUCAAAGAGGACGUCCAGAACCCUGUGGACAUCAUACAGGCUCGCGGGAUGAAGAAACAGAUCAUGGAUGAGUUUGUUUCUAAUAACAAAUUCCUCCACGUUCCUCGUCUCGUGAAUCAGCAGCUUUUUGACGAGCUCUGCCCCAUAAAGCAGUUCCACCGACGCAGGAAGUUCUGUGUUCUGCUCAUCACAGACCAGGAUGAGUCUUUUGUCUCAGGGAACAAAGCGUUUUUGGAUUUUGCAGUGGCAAAUCGAAAGGACGUUCUUCGGUUUGCGUAUGUUUACCAAAGACACCAGCAGCCUCUGUGCCAGGCCCUGCUGCGGAAUCAAGCGACGCUCUCCCCUCAGGUGGUGAUCUUGGAGCGCCGUACGCAGGCAGGUAAAGUGCUGUUCCGCUCGCUCAGUGGAGGAUGGAAUGGGAGUGAGGAGGAUAAAUUUAGACUACACGGAGAAAUCGAACUCCUCCAAAAAGACCCAUCGUACCUGAGCUCUGACGCAACGCUACCACAGCUGAACAAUGAGAUGGCGCCGAUUUUCAUUAUCCGCUGGUUAAAUGCUGCGUACGAUUACUUCAUUCAAGUCUAUGACGAUCUGCUGUACUCAAACUGGAGAGAGAUGAUGCCGAUCCUGUCCCUGAUCUUCUCUGCUUUGUUCAUUCUGUUUGGCACCGUCAUUAUUCAGGCCUUCAGUGAGCCCGGGGAGAACAAACCCCAGAAACCAAAGCCCAAAGAGCAGCCUCCUUCCCCAGAGGACACAGGGGACAGAGGCAGCACGUCCAGCCGUCCUCCUAAGAAGGACUUUGUGGAGGUGACGGAGCUCACAGAUGUCACUUACAUCAGUAACUUGGUGCGGCUCAGACCCGGCCACAUAAACGUGGUCCUGGUUCUGUCUGAUGCUUCCAAGAACGUUCUGCUACGGAAGUUUGCCAAAGAAGUCUUCUCCUUCUCUGGAACCCAGACCCUUCACUUCUCCUUCUUAAACUCAGACAAACAUGGCCGCUGGAUGCCGUCGCUGCUGCGCUCGGCUCGCUCCGAUGAUCUGGAUCCAGAGGAGGAAUACUCGGACUUCACCGGUCACGUUUUGGCUCUGAACGGACACAAGCGCUACUUCUGCCUCUUUAGACCCGUCUUCACUGGAGACCAAUCCGCAGACUCCUCCCUCUCCGAUGCUUCAGUGUGCUCCCGAAAAUCCAGAUCCAGGUCUAGGUCCAGCUCCAAAUCCCGAUCCCGGUCUCAUUCGCGGGAGGAGGGCGUCUCGAAGAGGGGGUCUGCCAGAGCCACCAGUAUAGAGCUGCAUCAUAAGCUCGACAGACUGGGGCUGUGGAUGGAGAGGCUCAUGGAAGGAACUCUGCCCCGGAUACACGUCACAGCCUGGCCCCAACUGGAUGAAAAUGCAAACUCCUCGGCCAAUCAGAGCUGAGAACGGGCAAAAAUAAUAUUGGGGACUACUACGACGAGUUUGCAGCUGCUUUUUUUUUGUUUCUGACACUGUUUUAAAAUAGGAUGUCUAAUAAGGUUUAUUUCUAACUCACUCCAAUGCAAAUACAACAAGCAUUUGGUUUACAGUAAGUGCACAUGAAGGCUGUCGCUAACCCCAAGUGCUAACCCCGCAACGUGGAUUAGGUUAGCAAACAAUGUUACAUUUCCACUAACAGAGCGUUCUUCUUCCCCAAAUCAAAACUAAUUCAAACCUUUGAUACAAAACACUAAAUAUACAUUUUUUAGUUGCCAGUUUAUUUAUUUUUAAAAAUAGAGUUAGGGUUAGGCUAUAAUAGGACUAAGCACCGGGACUAAGCACCGGGACUAAGCACCGGGACUAAGCACCGGGACUAAGCACCGGGACUAAGCACCGGGACUAAGCACCGGGACAAACCAGAACUAAGCAAUGUUUUAAACACUUAAAGAGGGGGUAUUAAAAAUAGGCUACAGAAUAGAUUUUCUUUUAUCUUUCUGCCAUGUUCCAAUGUCGUUCCCUCAUCAAAAACCUUUCUUACCUUUCUUUUUCGAAUAUAGGCUUUUCAAAAUAAUAAAAGGAAACAUGGAGAUCUAUGUGGUAUUAACUGUAACACAUAACAUAUUUAGAAGUAAAAUACCUCCUCUUUAAUACCUCAUAGAAGUAAAAUACUCCCUCUUUAAAUUCUACCAAACAAAAGCGCCUUCACCAUGAGUUGAGAACCACGACUUUACAUGACAAUUUUCAUGGACUAAGCUUUGCGCAACUCCUUUACCGACAUUAUCUGUUGAAGGGUCUUAGCGAAAUGGUUAAAAACAGUUAGCGCAAAAUCGGCAUUACUUAUUUAUAGAACAUGAAAAAUGAGAUAAUAAUUUAAUUUGUAAUGAAGUUUUGACUGAUUUAAAGGCCCAUAUGACUAUUGUCUGAUCUCUGUUCUACUCACAACUGGACCUGGAGUUGUGUUUUGUUUCAUUCACACAUGUUUUACACGCAAAUGAGUUCUUCUCUCAAAUUGAAAACGCACUGUUCCACCUUGUGAUGUCAUAUAGUGAUAAAGGAAACUGUAUAUGCUCCACUGUGUUUUUAAAUUCCACACACCUUCACUAGAAUCAUUUGGAUGAUUUCAGUCCUGGAAUUGCCAAUCUCUACUGAACUAAAGGUAAAAGGAGCUGUUAACUUGAAAACUACCACUUCAUGACAUCACAAGGUGGAACAGAGCAUUUUGAGCUUUGGAAAUGUAACAGACUAAUAAUAAAGUGUUACUCAAACAUGUGUGAAUGAAACAAAACACAACUCCAAGUCUGUUUUUGAGGAGGGAACAGCAUUACAACAUGGAUUAAAGCUACAAGAGUAUGUUUUGUGUCAUAUUGGACCUUUAAAUAGAAACCUAACACUAUGGGGCGCUAUGGAGCAGCUCAUUUCUGUUUUGAGUCUUAGUUUAAGUUUGAAUAGUGGUUUAUUGCCUUUUGCACUGAAGUAAAAUAUUUAUUUGUUGAUUUUUAGUUCAAUGUUUAUUUUGUCUAACAAGAAACAAAACAUGAUCAGAAUCUAACGUUACUGCAUCAUGAAGUACACUGCUGUUUGGACUGAACCAGGACUGAACCAGGACUGAACCAGGACUGAACCAGGACUGAACCAGGACUGAACCAGGGACUAAAACAGGUCUGACCAAGGAGUAAACCCACACUAAACCAUAAAUGUCUAAUCUAUUCUGAUGCUCAGGAAGAAACCAAUGACCGAACCAGGACUAGACCCGGACUAGACCCGGACUAGACCCGGACUAG